UCGACUCUCAAUCGCUCCUGCCGCCCGUGCGUUCAGCGGCAGAGCCCAAAAUCAAUAUGGGCCCGCUGCCAAUACGCCCCGACAUAUUUCCACGACCCAGAAUUCCGGGGUCAGGCCAUGCAGUCGCAAUAAUCAAAAGCCGUACAUCCGCCGGACGAGUAGUUUGGGGAGGAAUGCGGGCUUCCUUCAACGGUUUCAGGGGAUAGGUGCUAGUGGAGGAAGGGAAAGCUCCUCCGCUUUCUUACAUGUACAGUAGUCGUGCCUUGCCCCUACGAGGCUGCGAGUCCAGUGCUCCGUUCAAGUUGACGUGGACGUGUUUGUUUCGCGUCUUGUCCAUUCCACGCGCAGGAACACCCACUCCAGUACUAGCAUCUUCCUGCCCACUCCUCCCGUGGUCUGGCGAGGACACAUUUAUACAAUCGCUCCAUUAUAAUGUCCACCCCCUCCCUCCCAUCCGACCUCGAUUUUGCCCUCGACCUCAACUCCACCGCCACAACCCCACCAGAACCUGAACCCACCCUCAAAGAAACGCAACUACCUACCCAUUCCUUCGAUUUCACCGACUUGAAUGAUGCCACCGCCGAGGAAGCAGUGGCGGAUGAGCAUCAGCGGCAACAGAAGGAGUUGGAUCGGGAGGUUAUGCCGACGAUAGAGCAACACGCGCCGCUAAAGGGCUUACCCCACAGCACACACGCUCAUGUAGAAUUCCAUUCGGGAGAAGGGUGGGAUGCGAAGGCGGAUGAACCGCUUUGUUUGGCUGACCUGUCAUGGAGUCAGAUCGCGUGGGAUAAAGUUUCAUCGGACGGGAAUGGGGAUGUGCAUACGCAUUCAGAGGAGGAACCGGCGCAACACCCCACCCAUCCAACAAUGUCCGACCCGGCACCACCACCAACAGCAACUUCAACACCAAAACCCCCAAUAAACCACACCCUCCUCCCCACCACCUCCCUCAACCGCGCCUCCUUCCGUCCAUCCCCCACCAGCCCCGUCUCACCCAUAUCAAUCAGCAACGGGAGCGUGCGAUUACAUGUCGCUUCGUAUGAUUCCUGGCCGCGGUCGGAGACGCAGGUGCGGAGGGGCAGGGGGAGGGUGUCGCGGUACAUUCGGCCUGUUGAGCCUCACGAGGAUGCAACCACGCCCGCCGGAAGGGAAACGGAAGUGGAAACAGAAGAAACGCGACAGGAAGAGGGAGACAGAUUCCAUCGGACCACGACCACGGCCCAGACUUCCCUAACAAGUCUCAUCCGCACCUACGCCGAGCUCGAUCUCCGCAAGAACGUCGACGCGUUCGAGAGGUGGAAACGGUCCAAAUCGCCCAAGAAAGAGUGCCGUGCGGGGAGGUCGGGUCAUGCCGGGUCGGUGGGCGCGGAGCAGGACAGUUUCGCCAUCGUAAAUCUGGAAGAAGAAAUAACCCCCAUAGAACGGAACCAACGCGCUUUCAAGGCCUGGCUUCAUCAAAAGAACGCCGAUAAACCCCCGCUACCCCACUUGCCCACCCAUCCCCCACAAGAAGAAGACGAAGACUCGGAAUCCCACCGUCAAGAAGCCGUCAAAUCCGCCCGCAUUCAAGCGCAUAUAUCCGCCUGGCUGCAGACUAAGAAGGCGCAACGGAUCCAGUCGCGUGUUCAAGUCGCUAAACAGCACAAACUACGGGAGGAAGAGGAUGCGAAAAGGAGGGAGAAGGGACGGAGGGCGUGGGAGGCGUGGCGUGAAGGUGUUGACGGGCGGAAACAACAUGCGGGAGAAGAGUGGGAAGGGAAGGAGAGGCCGGAGUGGGUUGAUGUGGAUAUGGACAGCGGGGAGGUGAAGCCGACGGAGCCUGUGCGAUGGAGUGGGUAUAUCACAACCACAACAUCAGCAACGAAGAAGACGAAGAUAAAGACGCACAAUGCACCCGCAGAACUCCUCUCACCCCCACACCUCUACACCCCGCACGCCUCCAGCCCGGCCUACGCGCACAAAUACCAUCUCCUCAUCGCGUCGGCUUCUCUCCCACCACCGGUGGAUGAUGAGGAGGCCAGGACGAGGGCGAGGGGGGUUGAGGAGGGGGUUAGGCGGGGUUUGGGGGGUGCGGGUGUUUAUGGGGCGUAUAUGGUGGGGUUGGGAAGGAUGGGUGGGGAAAGGAGGCCGUGGUAUCCGCCUGGGACGGUGGGGAAGGGGAUGCGGGUGUGA